AGCAAAGGUAAAGGUAAACAUAUUAUUAAUAAUAGAAUUUAAAGGAAUGUCAAAAAAUGAAAAUCAGAACUACACACGGCGUAUACUACUUAAAACGUUAGCCUUAUAAUUUAACGAUAAAAGGAGCUUUUCUUCUAUGUGGACUUGAAAUUAUAUGACGCUCUUGAAAAGACAGGAUAAAAGAGAUACAAUGGCUCUGGUUGUGGCAAGUAUAGAUUUCGGAACAACGUUUUCUGGUUGGGCGUAUUCCUUCACACAUGAGUAUGAAAAGGACCCAACAGAUGUUAAGUCGAAAAACUGGAAUUCAGGAAGUUUUAUAUCGUGCAAAGCACCGACGUGCGUGCUGAUUACGUCCGACGAAAAAGAUAAAGACAAAAAGACAGUCGAAGCUUUCGGUUACGACGCAGAAAACAAAUAUGCCGAGCUUGCUGCAGAAGACAUUCAUAGGGACUUUUAUUUCUUUCAGACAUUUAAGAUGAACUUGUUUAAUAACGAGAGAUCAGUCGGGAAAUCGACCCUUUUAGAAGACGAAACUGGCAAACAAUUAGAAGCCUUGAUCGUAUUUUCCUUGACAAUAAAAUAUUUAAUAGACGAUCUGAAAGAAAGUCUCAAUAGGCAGAUACAAAAAGGCGUCGAUAAGAAUGACAUCCACUGGGUACUUACCGUGCCAGCUAUAUGGGACGAACAUGCAAAACAGUUCAUGAGGACCGCAGCACGAGAGGCUGGAAUAGAAAUUGGACACCUUAAUCUUGCACUUGAGCCUGAGGCAGCCUCUAUUUACUGCCGUCACAUUAAGAUGUCAAGAAAUGAGGGUUCAAGUGGUGAAGAUAUUUCAACGUUCAAGCCAGGUACGCGCUACCUGGUCUGCGAUGCUGGAGGAGGAACAGUUGACAUCACAGUGCACGAAGUGACACCAGAUAUGAAACUGAAAGAGAUAGAGAAAGCCAGUGGUGGUGCAUGGGGAGGUACAAAAGUCAACGAAGCCUAUAAACAGUUCAUCGAUACUUUAGCAGGUGGUGGAGUUUUGUGUGUUCUGAAAGAAAAACACAUGGACGACUUCAUUGAAGUAACGCGGUCAUUUGAAGUCAAGAAAAGGGAGAGCAAAACGUCAGCAACAGGAAGCGUUGUUCUUAGAUUUCCUGCAACUUUGAGCUCUGUUGUUCAUAGCGUGACAGGAAAAAGUUUCAAAGAACAAAUUGAAAAGUCGCCAUUCAAAGGUCAGGUGAAUAUUAUCAAUGAUAAGCUUAAAUGUGAUGCAAAAGUUAUAUCAUCGCUAUUUAAUGGACCUGUCAGUAGCAUUGUUGAACACCUUUCCACACUUCUGUCAAAACAUAGGGAAAAUCCUAUCAAUAACAUCGUCAUGGUCGGGGGCUUUUCUGAAUCUCAAUUGCUGCAGGAGGCAGUGAGGAGCGCCUUUCCAGAAAAGCACGUGACUGUACCUCAGGAUGCUGGACUGGCCGUUAUGAAAGGUGCUGUGAUGUUUGGGCACAAUAAACGUCAGAUUGUGUCAAGGAUCGCCAGAUUUACGUACGGUAUUGAUUGUUGGCUUCCAUUUGACGCAUCCGUUCACCCUGCUGACAAAAUGGUCAAGCAAGGAACACAUAAGGGCGAAGUUGAAAACUGCUUUUCUAAACUUGUUGAAAUUGGACACUCUAUACCAACAGACGAAGCGGCUGGAAGUGGGUCCUUUUGUUUAAAGGAUAACGAAACCACGUAUGAUUGCGUAGUGUUUGCUACUAAAGCGAAAAAUCCUUUAUUUGUUAAUGAUGAAGGCUGCUUUAAGAUUGGCUCAUUUAAUGUGAACUGCAAAGACAAAAACGGGCACAUUUCUGGUACAAUUCUUAAAAUGUACUUUGGUGGAACAGAAAUUGAUGUAAAAGCUACACUUCAAACAACCGGUGAGGAAAUAGCGGCAACAUUUGAUCUUCCGGACUAAUACAAACAUCAAAAACAUUGUUUACAUUUCGAUAACUUUAAUUACUGAACUAUACCGAUUUAAUUUGGAAUUUUUUUUCUAAAGCAUGGAAUGAACGUUGCUAUAUCUAUUAUAUUGAUAUUAUUUCAGUUUGCCUUAUUGCAAGUAUAAUUUUAGAAAGUUAUUAACUAUGUGCUUUUUUUUAUAAACACUAAUUUAAUGAUCAUAAAUAAAUAUUCCAAUGGCUUAGUCACCAAUGUACGCUGAGAGAAAUGUACGAUAAGAACGGUAUUGAAACUGUAUAUAAAUACAUCAUAAUAUAGUUUGAUUUCUUUUAUAUUUAGUAUACAAUCUUUUUCAAAUAUUGUUAUUUGUUUUAAUUUGAAUACAAUUAUUUCACAUGUUUGUUGUAUAAGACUAUGGCGUUCAUAAUUCGUGUUUGUUUUAAUUUGAAUACAAUUAUUUCACAUGUUUGUUGUAUAAGACUAUGGCGUUCAUAAUUCGUGUUUGUUUUUAAGGUUAAGUAUUCAAAUGAC